AUGACGGAUAUUUCCAAGUAUCUACAAUAUGCUAAAUCUCAGCUGGCAAAUUUGGACCAAUAUCGAUUAAUCCGGAUCGUUCUGGGAAAUGAAGCUUGCGAUCUGGAUUCGACCAUUAGUGCAUGUGUUUAUGCAUAUUUUCUACAUAGCAUUUGUGAAACUCCAAAUGAAAUCCUUCAUCUGCCUGUGUUGAAUACGCAUGCGUUUGUCUUUCGUUUACGUCAUGAAGUUCUCUGGUUUCUCGAAGAAAAUCGAUCGAAUCUGAUUUUUAUCGAUGACAUCAAUCUUAAUGAUUUAUCGGAGAAAGGAAAACUUGAAAUCGUACUUGUUGAUCAUCAUUCUCUACAUUCGAAGCUGAAUGAAGAGGUCGUAGAGAUUAUCGACCAUCAUCAAGUCAAAGAAAAUUCGAUUAUCUUGAAAGAUUACUCAAAAAUUAAAAUCGAACCAGUUGGUUCGUGCUGCACCUUGAUCGGUGAAAAACUCCUUGCGUCAAACCGUUUUCAAAUAACAAAUGAAAUCGCUUAUUUGUUAACAGGUCCUAUUCUAUUCGACACUCUCAAUUUCUCACCGAGCGCUGGUAAAACUACGCCAAAAGAUAAGCAAGUUUACGAACAAUUAUUCACACGCCGCACAAUAAGAACAGACGAUUCAGAUCUAUAUAAAACGUUGAGAAAGUGUGCUGGUGAUACUACAGGCAUGUCGGUUCAAGAUUUAUUACAAAAAGAUGUUAAACAAGUUGUCGGACCUAACAUUCGUCUUGCCGUCUCUAGUCUACCAUCAGAUUAUACCGUCGAAAAACUGAUUGGACAAUUGCAUACAAUGAAGGACUUAGACGAGUUUUUAUCCAACAACGACAAUGCUGAUGGAGUUGUUAUACUCUCACUUGAAACCAACGAUGACCAGCCCAAACGUCAAUUAGGUUUCUAUGCGAAGAAAUUUGAAAAUAUGCUUCCAAUCAAUGAGUAUAUUCAACGUAGCGAACACAACCUUGAUUUACGUGAACGCGGAAUACCUAUAAAUCAAGCCCGUCUCAAAUUAUUCGAGCAAAACAAUGCCCAAGCAUCUCGCAAGCAAAUCCUUCCGUUACUUGAACAAUUCGCAAAAGACUUUGUACCACAAAACUCAUCCUAA